ACUUCAGGUGCUAUUGUCUUCAGCUGGUACCCACAGAAUUACUCUUCACCACAGAUUAACAGGAUAAUAUGAGCUGCCAUUGUCCUAUAUAAACACCUUUCAGGAAGGUGUCUACAGCCACGACUCUCAGCAAAACUUAAAAGUAUUCAAAGCUUUCUCUGCUUUAGAGGUCUUUAGCAUUUCAGUUUUUCUUUCCUCGUCUAUACUAAAGCUAAAAGAAUCAUGGCUAUUCGUAUGCCUCGUGUGAUCAAGAAGUCUUCCACAUCUGAAGAUGUUCCCAAGGGAUAUUUUGCUGUGUAUGUUGGGGAGAAGCAAAAGAAGAGAUUUGUGAUUCCCAUAUCAUUCUUGAACCAACCUUUAUUUCAAGACUUGCUUAGUCAAGCUGAGGAAGAAUUUGGUUUUGAUCAUCCAAUGGGCGGUCUCACAAUUCCCUGCAGAGAGGACGUCUUUAUUGACCUUACUUCUCGUCUGAGGAACUGAGACAGAAACUUGUUUUCACAAUUUUGUAUAGCAGUAAAGCAGGAUUGGCACAGUUUGUAUAGUUAAAGAGUUAGAGAAGGUUGUAGUUAAUGUUAGAAUGAGAAUGUUAGUGAACUUAAGUCUGUAAUGCCUGAUUGUUAUUCAUGUCAAAGAGAUGAAUGACUCUUUUACUUUUUUCUACUUCAAAGAUAAUGAAGUACUGAACUUUUUCCA